ACAGCAUUCCAAACUUCAGUUCCAGAUCCAACCACAGACAAAAACCAAACCAUCCAAUUAAGGGGGGGCAGUGAGAGAGAUUGAAAACGAUGAGCAUUGUUAAAAGUCUGUUCAUUCACAGACUACAUCGAUCACAAACUUCUCUCAGCUCUCUUUGCGCUGAUCUAUUCUUGAUGUGCAAGGGAUGAACCCAGUUCUUCAAUUUCUAAGCGUAUCAUUGUUCAUAUGGGCUUUCAAAUUUUGUCACGCUAGAGAUUGUACUGAGCUCUCUCCAUCCCCUAAUCCUUCUUACCUUCAUCAGUUCAAGCCAAGUUAUCCCCCUCCUGUUUCAUUGCCUCCAACUCCUUUAGUACAAGAUAAGCAAGCUCAUUUAGACAAGGAGUUACUUUUGGCAAUCAUUAUCUCUUCUGCUGUCAUCACUUUCCUCCUACUUUCGACAAUUUGUGCCUGCUUCAUUUGGCGAAGAAAUAGCCUAAACACUAGUCUCAGAAAUGUUCAAAUUUCAGAUACCAUUGAAGGUCCCGUGUUGAACCGCUUUAAUCCAUUAAGCAUAAGAGGGUCAAUUCCUGAGAUUGAGUAUACGUUGAUACAAUCUGCAACCAACAAUUUCAGCCAAAAUAACAUUUUGGCAAAAGAAGGACAUGGAUCACUGUAUAAAGCUCAUUUCAAUUUCUUUAGUCUUGCUGCAGUGAAGAAAUAUGACUGCAAAGAGCCAUGCUGCGAAAGAGCUUUUGAGAAUGAGAUUGUUUUAUUGAGCAACGUCAAGCAUCCAAAUAUAAUCUCUCUAUUUGGUUAUUGUGUCCAUUUGGAAUUGCGGCUUCUUGUGUAUGAGCUGAUGCAAAAUGGAUCACUUGAAUCACAGUUGCACGGGUGGAGACUAUCUUGGGACAUAAGGGUGAAAAUUGCACUUGAAACUGCAAGAGGAUUGGAAUAUCUUCACGAGCAUUGUAAUCCCCCGGUGGUACACAGAGCUCUGAAAUCAUCAAACAUUCUUCUGGACUCGAAUUUUAAUGUCAAGAUUUCAGAUUUUGCCGUCGCCAUAGCUGGUGGAAAUGAAAAUGAGAAUAGCCUAAAACUUUCACAUACUGGAGGACAUGUAGCUCCAGAGUACUUUUUAAAUGGUGAACUCACUCAGAAAAGUGAUGUGUAUUCUUUUGGGGUGGUUCUUCUGGAGCUCUUGAUGGGAAGGAAACUGAACGAGAGAAUGAUAGGAUCUAGAUCUCAAUGCCAAUCUGGGGUCAAAUGGGUUAUGCCUCAGCUCACCGACAGGGAGAAACUUCCUGAUAUUGUCGAUCCUGUGAUCAGGCAUUCGAUGGAUAUAAAACACUUGUGCCAGGUAGCUGCUGUUGCUGUGCUAUGUGUUCAACAAGAGCCAAGUUACAGGCCACUGAUAUCCGACGUUGUGUACUCCCUCAUACCCCUUGUUCCUGUAGAACUAGGAGGAACUCUAAAAGUUUCAGAGCCAGAUUCUUGUUAACUGAUAAAAUCCAAUCCUUGUGAAUUUAUAAUCAAAAGCAUUAUGGGCAUGCAAAUAAGGGCUCAAUUUGAUGGAUUGUAUUUCUUGGUGAAAAGUUCCUUAUCUUUAUUGGAGUAAUUUUACUUGCUGUUUCCUA